CAGUAGGGUGGGGGGGCUGGGGCGGAGAUUGGUGGGAGGACAGGACAGGGCUGGCGGGCCGAGGAGGGGGGAAUAUAUGCGUGCAGUGCCCGGCGGGCUCCCCUGUGGCACAGCUUACUCCAUCAGCAUGUUUGGUGGGCUGCGCGGGACAGGGGCCGCUGCCUACUCCCCGAAUGUUGGUGGGCCCGCCCUCUGAGGACACACCAGUCCGGAUUUGGGGCCUAUGUGUGGGUUCGAUUGGCUUACAAACCCGUUCCUUGCGCCCAGAGGUAUGUGCACGAGACAGGCUGGCUAUGUGCGCACAACAUGGCUGGAAGACCGCCCCCCCCUUCGGUAUGCUCGCCAGACCCGGCGCGAUCGGGCGCCCUCGCCAGAGUUCCGACCCCGAUGACACAUCCCGUGCACAUGAAAUCAGCGCAGCCCGAUGGCCGUCAAAUCACGCCCCCGCUCGAAUCUGAACGGCCCCCAGUCGGCCCCUCACGUCUUUUCACUUCCCUCCCCCUUCCGGGCCCCUGCCGCCUUCUUCUCCAGCAGCAGCCACAAGAGCAUGUCCACCGACGAGUCGCUUGCCCAGAGCCCUGUCAUGACUGAUGCCCCGAUGUCAUCCACCGUGGCUGGCGUUGUGAGUGCCACCAUGGCCGAUGAUGAUGUCACCACCACCGGCACCAAGCGCCCUUUGGAUGACACCGAGUCCGACACCGACAGCACCGGCAAGCCUGCCCGCAAGAAGAAGAUGUCCAACAACCGGAAGCGCGCCUUCUCCCGGGACCCGAACGACAGUGACGAUGACAUCGACACCGAUAUCCCGCGUGAUGCCGAGGGCCGACGCCUUCCCCGUCGGAAGGUGGCCAUGCUGGUGGCCUUCUCCGGGCGCAACUACCAUGGCAUGCAGAUCAACAAGGAGCUUCCCACCAUUGAGAAGGAGCUGUUCCAGGCGCUGGUCGGGGCCAACCUCGUGCCGGCCGGGAACCUGGACUGCCCGCAGAAGUUCAAGUUUAUGCGAGCCGCGCGCACCGAUCGUGGCGUCCAUGCGGCUGGAAUGGUGGUCUCGCUGAAGAUGGUCUUCCAGCCGGAGGUCAUUGGCGAGACGAUCCGCAAGCUUAAUGAGCUCCUGCCGGCCGACAUCGCCGUGAUCGACAUUCGCCGGACCAUCAACUCCUUCCAUGCGAAGAAUCACUGCGAUGCGCGUGUCUAUGAGUACCUCAUCCCGACGUACAUGUUUGCCCCGAAUCCGGAGUCGGCCGAGCGGGCCUUGACCGCGGCGCGAGCCCUGCAAGCGAUGCAUGCCGCGCAGCCGGCCCCCGGCUCGGAGCCGGCGGCCCCGGCGGCCACCGAAGUCGAGGCGGCUCCGGCUGCCGCGGCUCCCCCCAAGCGCCGGGCCGCCAAGCGUCGCGGCGGAAAUCGCGAUGGCGACGAUGACAGCGGCCCCGAGUCGGACUCCGAGCUCGGGACGGAGGAUGUCGCCACCGACCUCGGCGCCUUCGCCGACAUUAAGUACAUCCCUCCGCGGGACUUGGAGAACAGCCCGUUCAUCUCGCCGGCCGACCGGGCCGCCUUCCGCAUCGAUGCGGCUCUAUUGGACCGUGUCCGCCUCUUCCUUCGGCAGUAUGAGGGGACCAAGAACUUCCACAACUACACCUCUGGCAAGCUGCCGACCGACCCGUCGGCCAAGCGCAUCAUCCACUGGUUCCGGUGUGCCGAGCCGCGCAUCAUCGACGGCGUGGAGUGGGUGCCCCUGCAGGUGAAGGGCCAGAGCUUCAUGAUGCAUCAGAUCCGUCGGAUGGUGGGGUUGGUGGUGGCUCUGCUGCGUGUCGGCGCGCCCGAAGGCUGCAUCAGCCUGACCCUGGGCUCCAAGGCGUGCUUUGUCCCCCGCGCCCCGGGGGCUGGUCUCUUCCUGGAUCAGAUCCUCUUCGAGUCCUACUCGCGCCGGUUGAUCAGCAUCAACUCCGAGCAGCCGCCCCUGGACUGGAACAUCACGCACCAGGAGACCAUUGCGGCAUUCAAGCAGUCGCAGAUCUACCCCAGCAUGGUGGAGGCCGAGCAGGAGGACCAGUUUGCCGAGUUCCUGGACUAUGUCGACCGGCACUCGAUCCUUAUGAGCUACGUGUGGGACCAGGCGCACCUGACCGCCGACGAGCCUGCCUCUGCCGGCAUUGACGCUGCCAAGGGCACUGCUCCAGAGGCGUCUAGCUGAGCCCCCCCCCCGCCUUUUUUGUCUCCGUCUCGCUGGCCAUGGCCCCUCCUUCGGU